CAAACGCUUUCUCUCUCCGCAAGCAGGAUAUAGCUUGCACGAUGGCACCUUCCAGCAAUGCACAGGCCUUGAGCGAGGCGCCUCGCCCCGUCGAGACCAUGCACGAGGACAUGAUUCAUGAUGCGCAGCUAGACUACUACGGAAGGAAACUGGCAACGUGCUCCAGCGAUCGCACUGUCAAGGUGUUCGAUGUCGUCGACGGCAACGCUUCGGGACAGGGAGAAACUCUGAGAGGCCACGAGGGGCCGGUCUGGCAAGUGGCUUGGGCCCACCCUAAAUUUGGGCCUAUCCUCGCUUCUGCUUCGUACGAUGGAAAAGUCAUCAUCUGGAAGGACAAUGGCUCGGGGUCUGGCACUACUGGCACCAACACUUACGGAUCCUAUGGGUCGACGGGCGCUGGAUCGGGAGGCUGGACAAAGAUCAAGGAGCAUGGGAUGCAUAGCGCAAGCGUCAAUUCAAUCGCCUGGGCUCCGCAUGAGCUUGGAUCGGUCCUGGCAUGUGCUUCGAGCGAUGGCAACGUCUCAGUCUUGACCUUCAACAAUGAUGGCACGUGGGCCGUCGAUAUGGUGGCCGCCCAUCCAAUCGGCUGUAAUGCGGUUUCGUGGCAACCUGCAACACAACCUGGGUCGCUUUUGACGGGACAAACUGCCGGUGACGCCAACGGUGCCCAGUCCAGUCCGAUUCGACGCUUUGCCAGCGCUGGCUGCGACAAUGUCAUCAAGAUCUGGGAGCUAAGUCAAGAACAGAACCGAUGGAUCGAGGUGGAGCAGUUGACGGGCCACACAGACUGGAUCCGAGACGUCUGCUUCUCCCCUAACAUCGGACUGCCUCGAUCCUAUCUGGCCUCGGCGAGCCAGGAUCGGACAGUCUUGGUGUGGACUAAGGAUGGCUCCGGCCCCUGGACGAAGACGAAACUCUCACCGGGAGGAACGGCGGCAGGCGACGACGGGAAAUUCAAGGAUACGGUCUGGAGGACAAGUUUCAGUCUCAGCGGCAACGUCCUGGCCGUUAGCUGUGGAGACGGAAAAGUGUACUUGUUCAAGGAGGGCAUCAAGGGAGGCUGGGAUUGCGUCAGCGAGCUUGCUGCUUAAGAUGUAGAAAACGAUUCCUGUCCUGGCAAUUUGAUCGAUGCUCCUGUAGACCAAAUUCUUGCAAUGAUCACACGUCCAUCAGCAGGAC